AUGAUACUCGAAGUGGAAAAAGGUCACGAUACAUGGACAGAACAUAUGUUUUUUGAUUUAUACGAAAUGAAAACCUUAUUUUGGGCAUGUACUGUUCAAUUGACAUUGAGUAUUCAAUAUCCAUUUGAACUUGUAAUCAUUCUUCAAAAUGGUGCUAUACCACUUCUCGAACAUUUAUAUGUAACAAUUGAACAAGAACAAUACAUAUCGAAGCCUUAUUCAAAAAAACCGGAACCAGACAUUCAACUCUGUGAACGUGAUAUUCGUCAAAUGGCUAAUGCUACUCGACUUCAAACUCUCGUAUUACGUCAUCUGGCUCUUAGUCACCUUAUAAUAUUACUCAAUUCACUCAAUAUGCCUUUAUUAAAGAAAUUAACACUAGUUGAUAUAUUCGAUGAAACACUUGAAAAUCUUGAUGAAUUUCGGCGUGCUGUUGGCUACAAUCAUUUACCUGUCUUGAAACAUCUUUACUUUUUAAUUCGUUUUCCUGGAAAUUUAAAUGAAAUAUUACACACAAGCUUGAUCAUAUAUGGCAACAUAUGGCCUUUCAAUAAUAAUGAUGACACCCAUUCAAAUGAAUAUGACUAA